AUGAUUUCAUCUUUCUGUCAUUCAAUGCCAGAACCCAGUCCUCUAAUUGUACCCAUACUUGAACAACUUGGUUUUGCUGGGGUUGCAAAAUUAAGGCAUCUUAAGGUGGAUCACGCAUUGAUAACAGCUUUGGUCGAGAGGUGGAGACCUGAAACUCACACAUUUCAUUUUCCAACAGGGGAGUGCACCAUAACCCUGGAAGAUGUUGCACUACAACUCGGGCUAAGAGUUGAUGGUUUACCAGUCAUUGCUCCAACAAUGUUUGACUGGGAGGAAAUGUGUGACAAAUAUCUCGGUAUCGUACCAGUCAAGGGAGAGUCACUAAUUGGCUCUAUGGUAAAACUGAAGUGGCUGAGAGACAACAUGUUGCCAUUACAAGAAGAAUCAUCUGAAGAAGAAGUUCACACUCAUUGUAGGGCUUACAUACUAGGUUUAAUUGGAGGGAAAUGUGUAGAGCCACGGAAGUUGGUAGCAAAACAAUGGGUGGUUGCUCAUCACUCUUAA